CUAAACCAUUCUAACUUUCCAAUAAUUUCACUUUUAGUUCCUCAAUGUUGCUUCAUUUCGCUUAGCAGUCCCUCCCCAUUUUUUUUUUGUUGAAGCGAGAAAUUCAAUCCCCAACUCCAUAACUUGGAAGAAAGAGAGAGAAAGUUUUAGAGAGAGAAAGUUUCAAACUCUCUGAAUAAAUUUAAAAUUUAAUUGAAAUUAAUAAUUUUGUAAUAACUUUUAAUAAAAAUUGAUAAAUAAAAUUUAUAAAUUUAAAAUAUAGUCGGUGACGAAUUUUCAGUUGCAACACCAAACACGCCCUAAUUUCUCUCUCCUCUGCUCGGCGGCCGGUGACAUUGUCGCUUUAAUUGUCUCCUUUUUUCAUGGGCGAUCUUUGGAUUUUUUUGAGGAAAUAUUUUGUAUUCGAGGACAGGAGGGGUGUGUACUGAAGCAAGGGGGUUUAUCAUAAGCAAAUUGCGAAGACACGUUCGUUCUAGCAUUUUGUUGACCUUUUGAGCAUCAUAACUGGUUAUUAUGGUGCUGAAGAAGAAUGAUCAAACUGCUGACCUUUGCCAGGCAGCUGAUGACAGUGAGGAUCCUAGUUCCACUUUGGAGGCUUCUGAGUGGAGGAGGGACCAGAAAGGUUUAGGACAGGGCAACGAUGCCAAUUUCAAUAAUAAAAAAACCGAUAUUGCGAAUGAGGUUCUUUGCUCAGGUACAGAUAAAAAUGAUAGAAGUGGGUCAUGUGAGAAUGGUCUAGUUAACAAUCUGGGUCAAGGAGUUGAGGCAGUUGAUUUGAGGAAUAACCCUGGGAGUCUAGGUUUGGAUUAUGAUAUGGAAGAUGGGCACCUUGAAUCAAGAAAGAAUAGUCAAUCUUCAGAAGCUACUAUUCAGAGAUUAUCCGCAUCACCUAGUGACAGUUUUCAUGGCCAGAAUGAGAAGGUCAUGCAGUCAUAUGAAGUAAUGGAAUCUGAUGAAAAGUUUGAAUCUUCUUUGCAAACAUCUCAUGGAGAUGAUGUUGAUGAAUCUGAUGUUGAGGAAGAAGAUGUGAAGGUGUGUGAUAUUUGUGGUGAUGCUGGCCGUGAAGAUUUGCUAGCUGUAUGUAGUAGGUGCAGUGAUGGUGCAGAACACACGUAUUGCAUGCGUGUGAUGCUUGAGAAAGUUCCAGAAGGUGACUGGUUUUGUGAAGAAUGCAAAUAUAAUGAAGAACUGGAAGCACGGAGACAGGAGCCCGUAAAGUUAGGUAGUACUGAAAGAAGCAAAUCUCUUGGAAGGACAAGUUCUGUAAAUUCAGACCCUUCUACUAAGCUGGAUAAUAAGGACUCCUUAUUUGAACGUAGUAAAUUGAAAACUGUUAGUCUUAGUAAACAACUAUCGGCAAAGAGAUCUGGAGACAGCAUUGAAGCCGGUCCAACAGCAAAAAAGCAGGUUUUUGAGUCAAGUGCAGGUUCGCCAACUGCGUUAAGUCCUAGUCGAGUGCCUGUGCUUUCUAGGGAUAGUUCAUUGAAGAAUACGGAUAAGACAAAAGGAAAGCUUACAAAUCAAUAUUCAACAGGCACUGAAUCUGCUGGGGAUUCUUCAGAAAGUACACGUUCUCCUACCAAAAAUUCUCACAUCCUGAAAGGUAAUUUCGCAAAGUCAAAUUCCUUUGGCUCCUCUAAUUUGAAGGCAACUGUAAAGGUGUCAGAAGAAGUUGUUCAAAAGCAAAGGCAAGGUGGUGUUGAUGCAAAGGAUGGGUUAGGGAAAUUGAUUGGCAAAUCUACAUCUUUUAAAGGAUUAGGACGCUCUAGUUUGACUGAACCGAAAGUCAAAAUGCUCUCUCCAAAAUGUGCUCCUGUUCAGGAAUUGAAAGGUCAGAAGCAAGUAAGAGAUCGUGGCUCAUUUGAAAGAAAGAACUCCAUCAAAUCGGACCAUUCUUUUCCUGUUCAAUCAGCAGCAAAUUCUUCCAAGCGUCUUCCUCGUGUUGAAAACAUCUCUGUAAGCAAUAGCCGAGAUUACAAGAAUGCUCAAUCUGAUGGAAAAUCGACUAGUUUGUCAAAGCAGGCCUGCAAUUUGGCUCACAAGUCACCAGAGUCUAUGGGUAGUUCAGUUUUUUUAUCAGGUGAAGCUAAGAGGUUAUCAGGGACAAGUAUCAGGGGAUCUGGAACUAGUAGCUCUGCCGAAGCAAAGCCCAGCCAUGGCAGCUUAAAGGAAGGGCCAGCUUUAAAUUCUUUGCGGACUGCUGAUGGAUCACUUGUUGGUACCAACGGGGCCAAGGCAGAUGGGCAUGACAAUCAGACUGAAAAAGCACUAGAAGAUAAUGUAGGUCGCUCUAGACAUGGUGUUAAUGGUGCUUUGAUUAGUGGAAAUCGCCGAGGUGUUUCCUCAGAUGUUUCCCUGUCGAGAGUAAAAGAUGGGAUGCAUGAAGAAAAUAAGUUAAAGGCUGCUAUUGAGGCAGCAAUGCAAAAAAAGCAGCACAUUUUUAAAAAGAAUAAGAUACCUGAGAAACUUAAUGAGUUGUCAGUGGCAAUUAGUCAAGGAAAUCAGGAAGGAGAUGCAGUUCUAAAUCAACCGAUGGAUUUAAUUGCUGAGGAAGCAGUUCAUGCAAGAGAUGCAGGACUUUUCAGCAAUACAUCAAACUCUUUCAAACAUACAUCUGUUAGUACUGCAAAAGAGUUCAAAGUUUACCCUGCUGAUGUUGUCCUUUCUUCUGAAGAAGACUCAGUUCUCACAUCAUCCGCCAUCCCUGAACAAGAGGCUGUCUGGCAAGGUGGUUUUGAGAUACAUAGAAAUGGAAAACUUUCAGAUGUAUGUGGUGGGUUUCAAGCACAUUUAUCAAGUUGUGCAUCUGGAAAAGUGCUUGAAGUGGUGAGUAAGCUUCCGCAGAAAAUUGUUUUUAACGAAGUAUCUCGACCAUGUGCGUGGCCUAUUCAGUUCAAGGAAGCAGGCCCUAGCGAGGAUAACAUUGCCUUGUAUUUUUUUGCCAAAGAUCUUGAGAGUUAUAUGAGGAGUUACAAGAAUAUGUUGGAGUAUAUGAUGAAGCAUGACUUAGCUCUUAAAGGAAAUGUGAAUGGGGUCGAACUCCUUAUAUUUCCAUCAAACCAACUUUCUCAUAGAUCACAGCGUUGGAAUACUUUAUAUUUUAUGUGGGGGGUUUUCCGUGGACGAAGGGCACGUUGCUCAGAUGACAGAAAUGCUUCUCUGGAGAGGCCUGAAAUUUCUGUUUCUGUUGCAAAUAUGGUCCCUAGAGACAAAGAUGUUUCAGCUACUUGUCUCUCUGAGGACACAUGUUUGCAGAGGCCUGCAGUAGAAGACUUAUCUGUAUCAGGCAAUGAUACUGUUGUACCAAGAUGUGAGGCUCCAGUUUUAGAUGGGUCAUCUCUUCAAAAGUCUGGCAGUUUGUCUAAUGGAGAUUGUUCUGACCAGGGAUUUAAUGUAGGUAGGACCAAUUUGAGCUCACCAACCAGCCAAGGGGACCUUGAUAAAAUAACCGAAAAAUGUUCUUCAGUUUUAGGUACAGAAGCAUGCUCUGUGUCACGGACUGCUGCUCUGGAAGAUCAGAAUCGGCAAGACCCUUGUGUAAUUUUAAAGCAUCAGCAGUCAACACAUAGUGGCAAUAAUCUUCAUGAACCCAAGAAGUCGCUGUCAGAUCUUGUGUCAGAGAAACGAGAUAUUUCAUCUGAUUCUUUCAAAGUGCUUAUGGAGAGUAAGCAAGAGGAUUGCUCUGCUUCCACUCUAGAGGAACAGGAAGUGCUGCAUACAGUAUGCAACAAAAUUUAUGAGAAGUCUGAGAAUCACUUGAAGCAAGAAGAUCAGUGUGUGAAUAACAUACAGGAAAAUGGAUGCCAGGCAAAACUUGAGAAUAGUGUGGAGCAAGUGGACAAGAAUCAUUCCGUGUGGAAGAAUGAUGAAGUCAAAUUGAAUUGGAAUGGGGGAUUAAAACAAGAAGGGUUUGUGGAUAUAAAUGUUUCUGUUGAUGGUAGCAUGGAAGCCCUCCCUGUCUUGCAAUGUUCACCCAAAAGACAUUCAGAUGAAGAUUCAAAACCUACAAUAGAAGCUACUUCUGUGAUCCCAUGCCAAAAGAGGCCGUGGGCAGAAAUGAAAGAUGGCUCAGAAGGUAGUGAACAAGCAUGCAUCAGCAAAAGAUUAAAAGAGGAUGAUGAUUUAUAUAGUUGUGAUCGACGUAGUAUUCCAAGUGCAUUUAGUGAUAGGUUUGCAGCUCAAAUGCGUGAUGUGAGCACUAGCUCACGUACUGAAAAUACAUCUAAUGAAGCUGUUGAUGGGAAGUCAACUUUGGUGAAUCCAGAAUCAGCUGAGAGAUGCUUCUUUCUUGUGGACCCACAUGCUGUUCAAAGUAACUCAUCAGAAGAUCACUCGUCGCCUUGGAAAGCAUCUUUGUUAGGAAAUGAGAAUCGGCUACCUGAUGGAUCUCCGAACUUGGAACUUGCUUUAGGAGUUGAGAAGAAACAGUCAAGAAAAGGAGUCUUGCCUUUCUAUGCUGGGAUAGUUGAUAGAAAAGGUCCUGACAGGCCUCCUGACUUACCAUCUCCAAAGGAAGAAGAUGAAGAUGCCAGUGCUUCUCUCUCUCUUUCCCUUGCAUUUCCAUUCUCGGGUAAGGAAAGCCCAGUGAGGCCUUAGAGGCCCCUGACAACUCUGGAACAGGUGCUUCCUGCAAGGCAUGAGGCAAAUACUUCUCUGCUUCUUUUCAGGGGUACAUCAGGCAAGUAGACAGGUCAGUUCUCAUAUGUAUAUUAUUUAUUUCACAUAUGGCAAAUCAAUCGGUCAUAUACUUGAUCCUUCUCAUGGGUUUUUGAGAGGACCAAUGCCUCAUGUUCAUAACCCCACAGGAUUUGUUGAUAUUUUACACUGCCCUCACCCAAAAAUCCCCAUCCCUUCUCUCUCUCUCUCUCUUUUUAUCUUCUUUUGGAUGGUGCAUAGGCACGGCUCUUUGUAUAUAAAGAGAAUAGUAGCCGUCACAGUCCACAAAUGCAUAAUGAUCCAAACUGAUGUUCUAUGUACCGAAAAUUGUUGUCUAGUUUUGUCUAAUGUACUUCAAUCAACAUUUUCUUUACAAGAUAGCAAAAUAAAUCUUUGAAAUAUUUUCUUGUUCUGAGUAAUAGUAGAGGAGUAUGGAAUUUAUACAUAGUUUGUACUGGUGGAGAAUAGUGUCAGUAAUGACUGGCGCUUGUGGGCAAGGCCAGAUUGUAGGACUAAGCCGUAACAAGUGUUACAGAUUAUCAUUACAAACCAUUUUUGGUAAGUCUCGGACCAAGAAGAAUUGAUAUUCAUCUUGCCAGUGGCCAGGAGUGCAAGCUGGAACUGUUUCUGAUCUUGGCUUUGCUUGGACCUCGGCUCAGAUGACCAUUGUUUGGGAUAAUUAAAUGAAUACAAUGUAUAUGAUACUUGUAUAGUUGUACCAGGAUCCUUUCUGCCAUAUCUUUCCUCACCCACCCAAAAAUAAAGCAAAGACAAAGAACUAUUGGAAAAAUAGCAGCUGUAUAGAAAGGGUGGGAACUGGGCUUGAGAUGCAGCCUGUUGUAGGCAUGUUCAACGGCAAAUGAGACGACUACUGAUCUUCCCCUGAAAUUUUGUGAGUUCGUAUUUGUAAUCUAUCUGGCUUCAAUUUGCUAACUCAUUGGUGAGGAAAAAUAGAUGAGAAUAUCAUUGAAUUCUCUGGUUGUCUCCAAAAUCCUGAGAUGUGCCGUUCUUUU